AGCUUAACCAAAUUCCAACCUGCUCAUGCACUAGCAACACGGGUCUCCACAGUGCAUUUCAAAAUGAUGUCUAUGAACAGCAAGCAGGCUUUCAGCAUGCACCCUAUGCUACAUGAACCCAAAUAUGCUCCACUUCACGCCAGCUCAGAAGCUAUUCGGAGAGCCUGUCUUCCUGCCCCACAGCUUCAAAGUAAUAUCUUUGCUGGCUUUGAUGAGACUUUGCUUAGAGGAGCCGAAGCUCUGGCUGCCGUGGAUAUUGUAUCACAGAAAACACAUCCUUUCAAACCAGAUGCCACAUAUCACACUAUGAACAGUGUGUCCUGCACUCCAACCUCUUCUUCAGUGCAUCUACAUCACCCUUCUGUUUUAACAACUCACCACUCACAUCAUCAUCCUCACCAUCAGCCUUCACAGGGUUUAGACAGCGAUCUCUUAGAGCACCUAAAUCCAGCUCUCACCUUAGGGGGUGUCCCAGAUGUUGGAUCAACACCCUCUCAUCCGCAUGCCCAUAUGUCAGCCAUUAACCACAUGGCCCACCACACACAAUCUAUGAACUUAGUUCAUAACCACUCACUGGCAUCUCAUGCAACAAUCUCCUGCUCUGAAAGUGAAACAGACCCCAGAGAACUUGAAUCAUUUGCUGAGAGAUUCAAACAAAGGAGAAUCAAACUUGGGGUAACACAGGCGGAUGUGGGGUCUGCCUUGGCCAAUUUGAAGAUUCCGGGUGUUGGUUGCCUCAGCCAAAGCACAAUAUGCAGAUUUGAAUCCCUUACACUAUCCCAUAAUAACAUGGUGGCUCUGAAACCUAUUUUAGAAGCUUGGCUAGAGGAAGCAGAGAGAGCGCAAAGGGAGAAAAUGGCCAAACCUGAAAUCUUUACUGGGGGUGACAAGAAACGUAAACGUACAUCUAUUGCAGCUCCGGAAAAAAGAUCUCUAGAAGCCUAUUUUGCUGUUCAGCCAAGACCUUCUUCAGAGAAGAUUGCAGCUAUUGCAGAAAAACUUGACUUGAAAAAGAAUGUAGUUAGAGUCUGGUUUUGUAAUCAAAGACAAAAACAAAAGCGGAUGAAGUUUUCUGCAACAUACUGAAAAACAAAGCACUGUUUUGAACUUAAAUAUGAAACUGAUCUCAUUCUAAGGGAAUUUAGAUACACUGAGAUACAGUGUGUGUAUCAUUUCAGCCUUCAGUUUUGUCUUCAUGCUUUGGCAAAUAAAUGAAUUGAUAAGGGACUGUCACUGGAACCCAUUAGACACCUGUAAAGUCGUACUGGUGAGUGGAAAGUUUGGGAUUCUGUCUUUCGUUUGACCGAGUCUCUACGGACUCAUAUUACCUUUGCUUUAUUAAAUAAAACAUUUAAAGGCAAUGGAAAUGAAUGAAAGUCCAGCUAACAAAACUUGAAAUAUCUAUAAUCUCUUUCUCUCAGUUUGACCUCCCCUUUUAUAUUUAUUAUUGUAAAUAAUAAUCUGUGAUGAUAUUGCACCAAUGGUUAAAAGUUUUAAGUUAUUAUUAUUAUUAUUAUUAAUAUAAUUUGCUGUACAGCACACAAACUUUGAAUUUAAUUUAAAUAAAAUAAAAUCCACCUAAAAUAAGCCUUGUCACUGCAUGGUUUACUUCACUUUUCCAUCUAAAGAAUUCCAUCACAUUCGCAAUAAAUGUUAUGUUUCUACCUCAUCAGCAGCUAGAAAGCACAUCUGGAAAUGAAUCUGUAUAGAAAAGCAAAGCAAGAUAGUCAUAUCCCUGCAAUUUCACUGCAAAGAUGCUUUGACAAUCAAUUCAGUUUUUUUUUCACAUUGAUUCCUCUAUUUCCCGUGACGGUAUAUUUGGGGACUCAGUAUUGUCUGCAGUGAUGAAGCACAGUAUCCCUAUCCCUGCGUGUGUGCGUUGUUUUAUUUUGGUGACGACAACUGACGACACAGAUGAGAGUUUUAUUUUUUAAAGUUCGAAAGUUUAACUUAACCAUUACGGAUUACACAAUGAUAUUUAAAGUUAAUUAUUUUGGAAAUAUUUAACACUGCACUUUCUUGGCAAGACACAUAUUGCUUGGCAUAUAAUAGAGAAAUUUCCCUCUGUUUCUUUUUUUAUGAAUAUUUACUUUUCUAUGUGUGUAAUGAAUGACAUUUUGUGUCUGUGUAUGCUACAGAAUUUCAAAUAAACCAUGCACGAUUUACCUCA